UGUACAUCAGCACAACUGGUCAAUAGGCAACAAUGCAAAAAUGUGCUCUGCUUUAUGAAUGAGUACAGACUGUGUGAUUUUGCUGUUUCACUUGAUUUAUUUGAAAUUACGUUCAAGUGGUAAAAAAGUUAAAAAUCGUAUGUGAAUUGUUUGUAGACCUGGAGCGUUUCGACAUUUAUCAGAAUCAAUGUUAUUUUAAGGUUUUACUUUAUGCCAACACCGUCCGUUCUUCUGAAGUCUUCUGAUGUCAUUUUGCUUUUAAAUGCCAUAUUCUAAAUACAGAGCUUCAGAGCUUGUUAAACUGUUUUUUUUAUUCACACUUUGAGAAACUGAAAGGAUGGACAUCAUGCAUAAUACGUCAUAUGUCUUACAGCUUAAAGGCUAUGAUCUCCCUCAUGAAGGCGUCUUCCCUGCAUUCCUUUUUGCAACCCUGAACUACAUGAUCAUCCUCUUCUGUAACCUUACCAUUAUCUUCACCAUUGUGCUGAACAAAUCUUUGCAUCAGCCAAUGCAUCUGUUCCUGGUGAACCUUCCCAUCAAUGACCUGAUAGGUUCUUCAGCACUCUUUCCACACCUCAUUAAGGAGAUAAUGACAAACAGCAGAAGGAUCCAGUUGUCAGCUUGCAUUAUCCAAGCUUUUUUUAUCCAUAUCUAUGCAGCCGGUUCAGUGUUCAUCCUGACUGCAAUGGCCUAUGACAGAUACAUCGCCAUUUGUUACCCUUUGCGUUACAACACUGUAAUGACUAAUGCUCACAUUAUGAAAAUAAUCAUAUUAGUUUGGUCUUCUUGUGUGGUUUUAAUAGCUGUGCUUUUUAUUCUUCUUUUGCGUUUGUACCGCUGUAGAUCUGAAAUAACACACUCCUACUGUGAUAACCCAAGUUUGUUGACUUUGGUAUGUGAAGAUACAACCAUUAAUAACAUCUAUGGUCUUUUUAUAAGUGCUACUACACAAGUGAUAGCUAAUGGUCUGGUUUUUUAUACAUAUCUUCGCAUCCUUAUUGCAUGUUUUAGAUCCAGACAGUCGGACACCAAAGCGAAAGCUCUGCAGACAUGUGCCACACAUCUUUUUGUUUUUCUUUUGUUUGAGUGCUUGGGCCUCUUUACAAUCAUAUCUUACAGACUGCAGAAUAUUUCACCACAUUUAAGAAGAUUUAUGGGAGUGUCGACAUUAAUCUUCCCCCCAACAUUAAAUCCAAUAAUUUAUGGAUUGAAAACAAAAGAAAUUCGUGAAAAGAUGAAGUUACAAAUUCAACACAAUAGAUUCAGUAAAACUCUAAAUUAUUCUUACCACUAA